CUCAAAACAAGAUGGCGGAGGAAACUAAAGGCAGCGGUUCAAAGGUAUUUCAAACGAAAACCCAAGAAUCUUUGAUCACUUUAUAUAAUUUGGUUCCUCCAGUUGUUUAAUUUUUGUAGGCGAUCUCGUUCAAUUUGUUCCAAAUUUUUGAUCGAGAAAUUAAGUUUUUGAUUGUGCAAAUGAAAUGUUAUUAAAUAUCAUGUAAUUUAAUUAAGAUGAUAAAUUUCACUGAUUGAUUUAUUUUCGCGGUAUGAUUGAUUAUACCAAUUUCAAUUUUUAAGAAAUAAGCCUUCAAUAGCAUUGGAGUGAUACGGGGAUUUGAGCCGGUGAUCUCACGCUCCUGCUCUAACUAACUGCGCCGUGAAGUCACUUCAAGUCCAGUUGUUUGUAUGUCAGUUGCAGCUGAUUUUUUUGCUGUGAAAUCGAUGAAAUAAGUUUUAGAGUUUGAUGAAUCAUAUGUGAUGAACUGUUGUGAUGAAAUGAAAUGACUGAAUGAUCUUUGCUAUGAAUUACACAAAAUUGGAGCCAAGGGGAAAAAAAAAAAUUAAGAACCUUCAUUUCUUCCCUUUCAUUACACAUACUUGCAUGUACCCGAUUUUGAUCAACCCCCCUUAUCAAGAGGUUCAGGGGUUUCAAAAUAAGUCAGUUACCGCUGAGGUUCUGCCAGUUACUUGAUAACAUGUCACUGGUUACUCUGGUCAAAAUUGUUACCUUUUGGCCUUACUGAACUUUUUCAAAGUCACCUACUUUUGCUGAGUCUGACACCUUCAAAACAUUUUGAAACCCUUGGAGGCUCCCUAUAUUAGUCAUUACAAUAGUGAAUCAGGGUGUAUCCCAAAAUCUUAGGAUCAAAUCAUGUUGAAUUCUAAAUUUGUUUUCCAUAUUUUCAUUCUAUUCUGAAGCUCAAGGAGGUAGCUCGUAAAUUUAAUGUCCUACCUGAAAGACAAGCAAAGGUGAAUUACAUGAUUGCAGCACGAGAGAAGGUAGAGGCUGCAAAGGUAAAAGUACCCAUCCUCCAGUCUAGAAAUUCAGCACAAGUUAUUAAUUGUACCUUAUAGCUGUAUUUAUUUCUUCAUUUUCAACAGUAUUUAUCAUAACCUGCUCUCUCUACCUUUUGUUUUAGCAAUAGAUCUAUUAGUCAUUUGCUCUGCUUGCUAUACUUGCUGUGCUUGGUUAUGUAUUAGUUAAUUUAACUUUGAAAUUGUAACUGCAUAGCUAUUAUAUCAUUUAGCUUAACCCUGAAACUCCCAGAAGUGAUUAACAAGUAACUUCUUCCUUCAAUUUCUAAACAUUAUCCAGCAAACAGGUAAUGAGAGUAUUCAAUCUUAUCAGAUAAAGUCGCUAUCUAGAUCUGACACCAAAUUCUUGUAACUUAUUUACACAUUAAGGAAAUGUGUAGCAGCUAGAGGGGAAAAUUAAUAAUCAGAUCUUGGGAGUUUAAGGGUUAAUGUUCGUUCUUAAUUUUUCCAAAUACCUGCAAAGAUUAGCCAAUGCUAUACCUUGGUUGUGUAAAUUGUGAUAUUGGAAUCUGUGCUGCAGUAAAGUAGUAGUAGAUGUAGUAAUAGGUAAAGUCUAUUCUUAUUUUAGUAAUAUUAAUGAUUCUGAAUUGUAAGUGACUUUAAUUCAUACACUCAGAUAUCACCACUGAUUCUCAUUAUGCUUGUAAUUUAGGAAGAAAAGUCCAAGAAAGACGAUUCAGCAUAUUGUGUAUGUGGAACAAGUGACACCAGUCGCUUUAUGAUGUAAGUACUGAUCACCAUGUGGCUGAACAAUAGAGAGGGGGAUUUAGUGUCUGUGGGGUACAAGAGAAAAAGAAAUUGUUUUGUCUCUAAGCAGAUGAAAUAAUGUGACCAUGCAAACAUUAAGUUAGAACAUGGCCUUGUAAACUGGAAAAAGAUCCAGCCGCAAGCAGGAAAUUCUAAUGUUAGCACCCAAUUGAAGAAUGGUUUCUUUGUUUUCCUUCAUUGUAAUGUCUCAUUACUAAUUUACAAGGAAAUGUGUAUCAGCAAGAGUGAAGAAUUUAUGAUCAGAUCUUGGGAGUUACAAAGGGGCAUCAGAUCAUUUUCUGUAAUCAUACGCUUCUCUAAGUAGUGACACUUAGAGAAAUUGUGUGUUGUUAAAGGGGUUAAGGUUCUAAAGGAACUGGGGUGCUGCAUUGGUAGGAGAGUAUAACAGGGUAAUUUAGAACUGGUAUUAUUAACUGAGUUGAUGACAUAAAUUGGCCACUGUAAUGAGUUUAAAAGCUGUUGUUUCGAGUGUUAGCCAUUCAUCAGAGCAAUUGGAGGAAUUGGGGUUGUGUGUGGGUUUAUCUGCAGAAAAUGGAUCUAUACUAUUGAUGGGAAUAUGGUGACAAAAGCACAAGAAUAAAUUGGCGGUUUAAAAGUGCCGAUUUGGAAGAGAAAUGUUUGUUAUAGAGUUUUGCAGCUUUCCAAACUGCCUAGAUAUAGGAAAAGGUCGCAAACAGUCAUGUGCUGCUUAGAGUGGUUAGGGAGAUCAAAGUGUCUAGCAACUGGUUUGGAUGUGUCUUCGUCAUUUCUUUCUAUGUUGCGAAGGUGUUCUCAGAAUCAGUUACCUGUCAUCUUCCUGUUUCACCAAUGUAUAACUUUUUGCAAUAAGUGCAAGUUAUGCAGUAAAUGACAUUAGCAGAGAUGCUCAUAAAGUGAUCAGUGAUCUUAAUAGAUCUCUUGGGUCCCUGACAUUUUCUCUCCACUUUGAAGAAUGAAAGGACAAGUUUUGCACCAUGAGUGAGUGCAUUUGAAAGUCCUAGCCAUUGUUUUGAAAUGAACUCCUGACCAGAAGGUUGCCUAUGUUUUUGUCGCAUUUGAAUGAAAUUAGUGGAGUUUGUGAAAAUAUAGUACCAGUCUCUGAAUUGUUUUGAAGCAAUUUAAAGUUUUUAAGAAUGAUAGAUUUAACUGCAUGGUUGUGAGGGUGAAAUGUAAAAGUGAAUGGAAUUCAAAUUCAAAUUGUGUGUUGUUACUUUGGUAAGCAUGCAAACAACAUUAAUUUAAUUUUGCCAGAGCUGGUGAGUGUACUGGUACUGGUACAUUACUAUAUAUUUUGUAACUGUCUCUUGCUCAGAUGUUGUGACAGAUGUGAUGAGUGGUUCCAUGGAGACUGCAUUGGCAUAACAAAGCUGGAGGCUAAAGAAAUUAAGCAGUAUUACUGCGCACAAUGUUUAGGUGAGUCAUUAUCUUAACUCGUUGACCCCCUAAAAGUGAUAAGCAUUGAAUUUCUCCCAAUAGUGCUAUCCCUGAAUCAAACACGAAGGUCAUGAGAAUAAAGGAAAUGAUCAGGAACUCAAGAGGCUCUUCAUUGUGAGACUAGUUCUCCUGGCUUAUAACUAUCAUCAUGCGUGAAGAACAGUGGAGAGAAUUUGUGUACUAAUGUGAUGGUUUAAUUUAGUUUAACCCUUUAACUCUCAUAAGUGACCAAGACAGAAUUUCUCCUUACGGUAUCAAUAUAAUAUCAACCAGACAAGUGAUGAGGAUAUUUAGAAAAAUAUCAAUUUGGGGAUAAUUAAUUGAUCCGAUAUUAAAUUCUCUGAACUAACAUUAUAAGAAUUAUAUGGUUAACAGUAGGGAAAAUUACAAAUUUGAUCUGGGAGUUAAACGGUUGAGAUGACAUUGUCCAUUCAGCCAUUAUGCUAAGGCAAAAUGGUGGAUAUUUUCAAUUUAGAAGUAAAAAUGCAGUCAUUUUAAGGUGCAUUUACCCUUUUAUUUGUUUCUUGCCUCAGAAAAGGACCCAGACUUGUGUAUAAAGUACAGGCUCAAAAAACCGAAACCUGAGAAGAGAGACAAAGUUCCCUCAGAGAAGAAAGAAAAGCAGCACAGUUCAUCAAAAGAUGAUGUAAGUGAUCUGUUUGAAGGUUCUUUUAUUUGUCUGUUUCAUUUUUUUUUCCAUUUGUUUUUAUCUUUUUCAAACACACUAAAAAAUUGAAACAAUUUUGACAAGAUGAAUGUUUAUGUUCCCUGCAGAGUGAGCGUAAGAGAUCAAGGAGAACAUGUGGUGAAUGUGUGGCAUGUGUUAGGACAGAGGAUUGUGGACAGUGUGACUUCUGCAAGGUACUGUGUUACUAAACAGAAUCUUUUACAAGAUGAAGCCCCUCCUUCAGAAAGUUUUACUUAAAUUCAGUGAAACAUUCUUGCCUUAUUUCUCCUCCUGAUCUGCUCCAAAGUUUGGGAAAAGAAGAAAUUAGUUUUUAAGGAGAACUAAGUGAGUUCCUGUGUGACAGAGAGAUUAAAUGGCUGACUGACUGACUGACUGACUGACUGACUGAAUGAAUGACUGAGUGACUGAGUGACUGAAUGACUGACUGACCAACUGACUGACUGACUGAAUGACUGACUGACUGAAUGGCUGACUGACUGAAUGGCUGACUGACUGAAUGGCUGACUGACUGAAUGAAUGACUAAAUGGCGGACUGACAGACUGGCUGACUGACUGACUGACUGGCUGACUGACCAACUGACUUGCUGACUAACUGACUGUCUAAAUGCCUGACUGCCUGCCUGAUGGACUUACUGACCAACUGACUGACUAACUUGCUGACUGGCUGACCAGCUAACUGACUGACUGGCUAACUUACAAAGUGAAAGGAGAAUUCUAUUAACUAACCACCAGUCUAACAGCUACAUGGCUAUGUUAUUGUCAGGUUGCCUCAAAAAGUGAAAAACUGGUUUUGUAAGCUUUCAUCUGUUCUUUUUAGGAUAUGAAGAAGUUCGGUGGCCCCAACAAGAUGAGACAGAAAUGUCGCUUACGACAAUGCCUUCUGAAAUCAAGAGUAAGCAAGGCUAUUAAUAUUCAUGCACUUGUUGCCAUGUAGCAUGUAGCUCCAUUUUCUGCAUAUAAACACACACACAACUCACAAUUCCUCCAACUGCUAUGACAAAGGGCUAAUGCUCAAAAUGUCAGCUUUGAAACUCUUUACGGUGGCCAAUUUACAUAUCAACUCAAUUGACAAUACUUAGUUACCCUUUUAUCCUCUCCCACCGACACAGCACCACAGUUUCUUUAGAGAAUUAAUCCCUUUAUUCAAGCAAACUAGUAGGUUUGUAGUUGUAAUUAACAUAAUGUUGCUUUAACCCUUUAACUCCCAUGAGUGACUAAAACAGUAUUGCUCUUCACAAUGUAAAUGCAAUAUCAACCAGAUAAGUGAUGAGAAUAAAGAAAAAUAUCAAUUUGGGGAUAAUUAGUUGAUCCAAUACUAAAUUCUCUGAACUAACACUAUAAGAAUUGUAUGGUUGACAGAAAGGAGAAUUACAAAUUUGAUAUGGGAGUGAAAGGGUCAACCUAAUAGUAACUUGUUUUAUAUCAGGUUCUUCUACGAGGUGGCACAGCUUACAGGGACAUGUUGAAAGAUGAAGAGAGUAGAAGGGAAGAUGGCGAUAUCGAUAUUGAGGUACACAGCAAACUUAUUAUAAGAUUUUUUGGUCUCCCUUUAUUUGAAGCCUUCAAUUGUGCAACAUACUACAAAAAAGGUUAUUCAUUUCAAUCUCCUUAAAUCUGUUGCUAGUCUAGCACUUAUGAACCUCCGAUUUUUACCAGAAACUGUAGCACUUAAAGCAUUCAGUUGCUAAGUAAUUAGAAAUAAAUAUUUAUAUAAUAAGCUCAGUUAAGCAUGCAUUCUGAUUGGUUCUCACUUAUGAUCUAUUGGAGGACAGAUGUAUAGAUGACAUCUAAUCUCAGAAUUAAGUCAAUUCUGUGCAGAAAACUUUCUGUAAAGUUAUCACACACUAACAUUUCUUUUAUUCUUGGUAACAGAGUAUUUUUCCACUGAGAAAACAACGGAAAGCAGUGAAGAUGAAACAUGCCAAGUCUUCAGAGAGUAGGAAGGUUUGUCAAUUCUGAUAGCAUUCUGAGUAUCUUAGCUAACCAAAUGACAAAAAGAUUGCUGCAAUAGAGAUAGUUUUAUAUUUGUCAAGAUAGUAAAACAGCUUGCUAAAUGGCUAAACUUUGAUGCCCCUUGUCAAAAAUACCAGAUGGUAUUAAGGAUCAAAUUUUUUUGUUAAACAGGAGAAGCUGAGGCAAACCAGUGAGAGGGCACGCAAAAGAAAAAGGAUCAUGUCAAAUGAAGAAAAGAGUAGACUUUCUACCGAAUAUUGUGAAGAAAGAGAAAGGGAGGAAGUACGGCAGUGUUAUGGUCCGGGUUGCACCAAUGCAGCUCGUUCUGGCUCAAAGUAUUGUAGCGAUGAGUGUGGCAUUCAGCUUGCCGUCAGGUAAAAAUGCUGACAAAUCUCAUAGAUCUGAAUUGUAAUAGAUUGCAGGUAAAUUCCAAUUUAGAUUAAAUACAUCAAGAUUAUGGUAACUUGUGAUGGUAGACAGUAGAGAAAAAGUUUUCAUUUGGAUGGUCACACACUUCAGGUGCAUUACAGAACUUGUAAUUUUUAAUGAAAAAAAAAGAAAAUAGUCAUGCAGAUGUAUGCACCAUACCAGUGUAAGGCAGUGGAGCCUACCUAGGAUCUGGGUAUGCUUCUUUUCUGAAAUUGCUUAGCCCUUUAACUCCCAUGAGUGACUGAGAGAGAAUUUCUCCUUACAAUAUCAAUACAAUAUCAACCAGACAAGUGAUGAGAAUAAACAAAACUAUCAAUUUGGGGAUGAUUAAUUGAUCCCAUACUAAAUUCUCUGAACUAACAUUAUAAGAAUUGUAAGGUUGACAGUAAGGAGAAUUACAAAGUAAGUCUGGGAGUUAAAGGGUGAAAUUGGAGCUCACUUGCAAGGAUCAUUUCUUUACUUAAAAGUUAUAAAUGAAAGCAAAACAUCGAGUAGUCUUAACUAUUGAAAAAAUUAGAUCAAUAUUCUAUAUUCCAAAAGUUCUAAAAUUUUUCUCACUUUAGACGCAUUCAAGAGAUUUUACCUCAGAAAAUGGCUCAAUGGCAAAAAUCUACAAGUGUCGCUGAUAUCAAAGCUGAGGAAUAUCUGCAAAAACUGGCAAAAAAGAAGGAGGUACAGUCUAUGUUUACAUGAAAAAAUGAGAUGUUUUUACCAAUUUCUACCCUUCCUGGCUUUGACAGAAGCAUUCUGUUCCUUUCAGGAAGCUCAGGAGAAGUUGAUGGAACUUGACAGACUGAGUAAUGAACUUGAUGCUUUUAUAGAGAAGACAAAACAUGCUACAAUAGAAGAAUCAGAGGUACAAAUAUUUUAAGUGGGUGAAUCAAUGCCAGUCACUAAAAUGCUGAAAUGUUGUCAAUCUUGUAUUCCAGGCUUAGAGAGCGAUAGACUUUCGUGAUUUUGAAAGAGUGUGAUUUGUGAUUCAUCUGUCAAGAUACUUAGGAAAUGGAGCAGAUUUCCAAGCUAUGGUUGGCAAAAUAUCAAAUCCUUUUUAAUCAUUUAACCUCUGAGAGUGACUGGCAAUCAAGAAUAAGGGAAAUGAUCACCAAUUCAAGAAGCUCUUUAUUGGUUAACAAACUCUCCUUUUCAGUAUUUAAGGAAAUGUAUAGAGAACAGUAUGGAGAAUAUGAUUACUGAUGUUAGAGUGUAAAUGUUUAAUGUUCAUAGAGCUUAAAACAAACCAAGAUAAUGAAACACAAUUGAAGGUAUUCCCAAAAUAUGUUGUUCUUACCAAAAACUACUUUGUACAAGGUUAUGUUCAAGUAAAUUAUCAUGGUCUGUUCUUUGUCAGGCACAAGACACUGAAGUAGAAGGUGAAACAGAUCUUCAAGUCCACUGCAUCACCUGUGGACUACCAUUAGCUCCUAAAGUUGCCCUCAGACAUAUGGAGAAGUGUUACAUGAAGGUUCAUACAGACUUCUGCAUUCAGUCCCAGCUUUACAACUGUAAUAUAAUCAAUACCCAUAGCUUUACUUUGCCCAUGAGCACCUUUCCCUCCCACCCUGUCUUCUUCCCCUCUGCAUCAUGCCUCUAAACAAGAUAAUUUGGUUUUAUCAACUACAAGGAUGACGUAAAUUGGUCACUGAAUCAAUCAUCAGCCCUUUGCUAUUCACUCUCACGAAGGGCUAAUACUCAAAACAUCAGCUUGAGAAACUCUUUGUGGUAGCCAAUUGCAAUUUGCAUUACUAAUUCAUCUGAUGAAACCAAAGUUUCUUGUAAUACCUCUUACCAAUGCAGCACCACACAUUCCUUAAAAUUUUUCCCCUUUAUUCAUGUCUGUGAACAGUUUAGAACUUGAGAGUUCAACAUGAUCGAGUAAGUGGCCAUAACAUGACAUUACUGAUAACUUAAGGUACUUGGGUUCUGCUCUCUUACAGAAUGAAAGCUUAACAACAUUUGGUUCCAUUUACAAAAGUGCUGGGUAUGUGUUUUGGUUGUUGUAACUGCUCUCAGGGGUAACCAUUUAGAGAGAAUGGUUGUUGUGUUGUUUUUUGACUUUGUUUGUUCUGAACCUUUGCUUAGGACUGAUAUUUUAUGCUUCAAUUUUUCAGGAACUUGUUCUGUGAUUAUUACAACCAUCAGCAAAAGAUUUACUGCAAAAGACUCCGAGUUCUGUGCCCUGAACAUACAAAGGAACCAAAGGUAUCAUCAUGCUUUUGAGACAUAUUAAGUAGUUUUCACUCGUUUGCAUAUCAUAACUCUGUAAAAAUCUUAAAAGCCCCGCUCAAUAUGUAAUAUGUGAACUAACUGCUCACUUCUUAAAGAAUAUUGAAGACCUACAAAUACUUUUAUUUCAAACUUUUUAAUUCAUGGUGGAUAAAUGCAAAAAUUAGACAAAACUCUCAGAACAGGUUUUCAUUUAGAGCAACGACCUUCAUGACAUCAUUAUCAACAGAUUCCACUUUCUUUUUUCAAGAUCUCUGCCACUGAUGUUUGUGGCUGUCCUCUAGUCACUAAUGUCUUUGAAGAAACAGGAGAUUUCUGUCGGGCUUCAAAGAGGAGAUGUAUGAAACAUUAUUGCUGGGAGAAGUUACGCAGAGCAGAGAUUGAUUUACAACGAAUACAGCAGGUUUGUCUUUUCCUACUUUUCAUACCUGAAAGAAAUUUAACUUGUCUGUAAGUUCUCACAUUAUUGAAAUAAUUUUAGUCUUCUUAUCUGACCUAUUUUUUGUUUCAUUUCAGUGGCUAAAACUUGAAGAGGCAUUUGAACAAGAACGGUCCCUCAGAUAUGCUGCAGCACAAAGAGGAGGAGUACUGGGUCUACUGCUGCAUGAGACAACAUGCCAUGAAUAA